CAGUUGAGCAGGCAAGGCUGGAGAGCCCCAUGGAGCAUUUCGUCCCUUGCCAGCCCCGGGCUUCGGUUCAAGCAUCGCAGGGGGCAGCGGCCAAACCUGCAGGUGUGCCCCGGCCAUCCCGGGCCGGGCUCCUUUCACAGGGCUGGCCAGGCCUUCUGCCUUUGACCAGGCGCCUCGUUCGCCGCCGCGCUGGCGAGGGGAAGUUCUACCAGCUGGCGGGCGACGCCUCCAGCGAGCUGGUGCCCGCAGCCUUCGGCCCCCCAGGAGUCGUGGUGGGCGGAUGGACGGACACAGAGCUAGAAGAGUUUGUUGGUCCUUUGCUGGAGGAGACAGCUGCGGAGCCAGGCAUGCCGGUUCGUGUACUCAGCGAGGAAGAUAUGGAUCGCAGCCUAGAGGAGGUGCUUAGCAGUCUGCCGGAGAUGGAUUCGGUAUUGCCUGAGAUGGGUGCCGAGGCCCGGCUUGCUCGGCCUGUGGUGCUUUUCAGCGGCUGGCCCCCUGAGCCCAUGCUGAAGGCGGUGAGGCAGCUUCGAGGUUUGGCAGCUCAGAAGGCGCUGCGGGAGUCCAUGUCGGCCAUGGCUGUGCCACGGGCUAUGUCCAAAUCCCUUCGCCAGCUCGUGGAGGAGAUCAAGGGAGACUUCGAGCUGAAUCAAGGCGAAGAAAGCAACAUUUGCUCGCCGCCUUGAAGGGGAGCUGAAUGGUUUGGGG